CCAGGUUGCGUUGCCUAAACCCCUCCAAUUCCUUGUGGGCCAAACAACAAAAACAACCUCUCUCUGAACUUGAGACUGUUCUCGCAAGAGUGAACUUGUGAACGGGUGACCCUGUGGAAGAGCUGACUGCCUGAAACACGAAGGUCUCAAGGUUAAAGAGCAGAAGCGGUGUUGCACAAACUCGGGCAUCAUGAACAUGUUUGAUCGCAAGAUCAACUUUGACGCGCUCCUGAAGUUUUCCCACAUAACCCCUUCAACGCAGCAGCACCUGAAGAAGGUCUAUGCCAGCUUUGCCCUCUGUAUGUUCGUGGCGGCUGCAGGGGCCUACGUCCAUGUGGUCACCCACUUCAUUCAGGCUGGCCUGCUGUCUGCCUUGGGCUCCCUGGGAUUGAUGAUUUGGCUAAUGGCAACACCUCACAGCUGUGAAACGGAACAAAAAAGACUGGGGCUUCUCGCUGGAUUUGCUUUUCUUACAGGAGUUGGCCUGGGCCCUGUUCUGGAUCUGUGCAUUGCCAUCAACCCCAGCAUCCUUCCCACGGCCUUCAUGGGCACAGCAAUGAUCUUCACCUGCUUCACCCUGAGUGCACUCUAUGCCAGGCGCCGGAGCUACCUCUUUCUGGGGGGAAUCUUGAUGUCAGCCAUGAGCCUGAUGCUUUUGUCUUCCUUGGGGAACCUUUUCUUCGGAUCCAUUUGGCUAUUCCAGGCAAAUCUGUAUUUGGGACUGGUGGUAAUGUGUGGCUUUGUCCUUUUUGAUACUCAACUCAUUAUUGAGAAGGCUGAAAAUGGAGACAAGGAUUAUAUCUGGCACUGCGUUGACCUCUUCUUGGAUUUUGUUACUCUCUUCAGAAAACUUAUGGUGAUCCUGGCUAUGAAUGAGAAGGAUAAGAAGAAAGAGAAGAAGUGACUGGCCCUCUCCCCGUUUGGCUUCCUCUCUCCCUCUGCCCCGUCUUUCCUCUGCACACAUUACAGGUGGCGUGUUCUGUGAUAAUGAAAAGCAUCAGAAAAGCUGUUGUACUUUGUGGUUUUCUCUAUUUUGAAUUUUUGAUCAAAAAAACUGAUUAGCAGAAUAUAGUUUGGAGUUUGGCUUCGUAUUCCUGGGGUCCUCCCCCACCCCUUUUGCUGUCAGCCCUGCCCCCAGCCUCUUGCUCUGCUCAGACAGCAGUCCCCCAUGACGUGGAGGUGGGGCACAGGGAGCAGAGAGGCUUCACUGAGUGGACUGAACUGUGUGGCAGCGCCCUCUCAGCCCUCCUCCCUCAGCACUGUGGUCUGUGCGCAGUGUUCAGCCGCGGGACUGGGCAGUGUGCUUCCCACCGAAGAGAACUUUGCUGGUCCUCGUGUUACUCGGGCUCAUCUCUGAGCUGCUGUCCACCCUCUGCAGAAAAUGAAGAGCCUCUUCUGGUGGAUGCUCUGCUUCCUCCGCGCUGCCCGAGUUCUGCUGGUCUGGUAAACGUCUUUCUGCCUCUCCUCCACGAAAGCAGUGUGGAUUCACAUGUCUUCCCUUCCCCAUCCCUUGUCUGGCCAUCAAGGAAUCUGCCUGCUUUCCUUCCGUGGGGUGGGAGGAUAUCAACGCAAAGGGAAAAGGCGUUCUUGUCAGGCACUGAUGAGAAGGCUGGUUAUAUGUGGUAUAACAGAUUUCCAGGCUUCCUCUGACUUUUCAUGAAAAAUGGGUUCUCACCUUCGUUUCUCAGUCUCCCCAAGCUGGUGACUGUUGGAAGCUCUGGAGCGGAGGAAGGACAGGGUCAGGAUUGGUUGAGCCUCUUGGGGGUGGUUGUCACUGCUUCUGCCAGACGAGCCUAGAUAAGGGUCUGUCGGGGCAGAGGGGAAACAGAAUCUCUGAACUAAGUAAUUGUGGUGACUUGGAGGCAGCAUCCAGUCUCUGGUGCAUUUUGAUUGAACCCCACCAGGACUCUUACAAGUUGUAUCAAGCCAGAGAUUCAGGGCAGUGGGUAAAUGUUUGUUUUACACUUGCACUUUAGCUUGGGGUCUGUUUACCUGCUUCCGGGAAUCUGCAGCCUUCCAGGCGGGGCUGGGUAACUAAUCCUGCCAGCCCCGAUUCCCUGCAGCCUUGUGGUUACAAGUGCAGGAGUGCGGGACGAAUGUAGAUCACCAUCUGUGGGCUGACAGACAGCGGGCACAGGUCACUGGGCAGCCUUGGCAGCAGCUCCACUUCUGGCUACUCGCAGGGCUUCUGUGCAAGGGGGCCGAGCCAGUGGAAGACACUGGCAGCAGGACACUGUGGUGUCUGUUCACUCCUAUCUGACCCAGCGGCUGCUGGCUCCCAGCGCACUGUGUCACUGCCCCGUUGUCACACGAAACAGUUUGUUCCCAGGCUGUGUGUAUUCCGGGAGCAGCAUGCCACCCAGAACAGAAAGGCUCACUUCUGGAAGUGACGCUGCCCUCCAGCUUAGCUGCUGCCUUCAGCCUCUGGCUUGAGAACUUGACUGAUGGAACUCCCUUCCCAGGAAGCCCCAGUAGCAACUCCACAAAAUGCUCAUUUCUCCGCUUGAUCUGAGAAGCUUGAGUUACAUCUCUUGGAGCCAAACUCCACCUCUUGUGCUUUUUUGCUUGGGAUAAAGGAGUUUUUCUUUAGAAACAGUGCCAAGAAUGACAAGAUAUAAAAUAAAAAUUAAAAAAACUUUUAAAGAAAAAGCCUAACAGGUUUUUCAUACACUGUAACUACCACUUCCUCUUCCUAGCUCCAUAGUUUUCAGCUCAGGCUGCGUUCUCUAACUCAUACUGUGAAGGAAGGUGUUUUUGAUUCAGAAAUAUAUGAAAUCUACAUAGUCUUAAUUUGUAAAAAAUAAAGAAAAAUUCCUUAACCUUU